GGUCGGCAGCUCCCAGAAUGCUCCGCGCUGAAGAAGAAGGUGACAGCGGACGGGCUAAAGAUGGCGGCCUUCCUGACCCACCAGCAGAAAGUUCUGCGGCUCUACAAGAAAUCUCUGAGACACCUGGAGUCCUGGUGCAUCUUCAGAGACAAGUACCGGUUCUACGCCUGCAUGCUGCGGGCUCGCUUCGACGAGAGCAAGAAUGAAAAGGACAUGAUGAAGGCCACCAUGCUGCUGAAGGCGGGAGAGGAGGAGUUCUGGACCAACCAACAUCCGCAGCCCUACAUCUUCCCUGACUCUCCUGGAGGGACCUCCUACGAGAGAUACGAGUGCUACAAGGUCCCGGAGUGGCUGCUGGACCACUGGCACCCCUCAGAGAAGGCCAUGUACCCUGACUACUUCUCCAAGAGAGAGCAGUGGAAGAAACUGAGGAUGCAGAGCUGGGACAAAGAGGUCGCCCAGCUGCAGGCUGAGAAUCAGCCCAAGGACGAAGCCCUCCCUCCUGCCCGCAAGGAGGGCGACCUCCCCCCUCUGUGGUGGCAGUACGUCACCCGCCCCAGGGAGCGGCCCACAUAAACACAAACACUCUCUACCUCGGGGGGGAAACUGUCCUGACUACGCAGCAGUAGCGUGAAGACCGGCUGACCUCCUGGUGAAGCAUCUUGUCAUUUCUAAAGAGAGAAACUGCCUGAGAGCUGCCUGAAUUCACUCUGAAUCUUCAGUAGUCAGUUUGAGGAGUCCUGUAGAUGAAUCACCUUAAUACCUGUAACUGUUCCAAUAAAUAAAUGUGUGAUGAAAA